ACGCCGUUUCUUUGUACAAGGUUAAUUAUUUAACUUGUUGCUCGGUAAGGUACCAUUCCUACCCGAAGGCAACCGUGUGUCAAGACGCGUGGUCAAGGUAUGCCCGGCAGCUGCUCUCCUCUGUCAUGGGUGAUAUUAGACAGCGCAAUGGCUCUGUGAGUAAUAAUGACACAGAUUUAUCUGUUGUCCCUUAUACAGCAGACGACAUCAGGGUGCUUUGUCAUAAAGUUGAAGAUGGGAAGGUUGGGGAGGAAUUUGAGAUGCGAACUCUAUCAGAAGUGCCGGAUGGGGACGCUGGGGAGUCCCGACCGGUCAACCGCGGUGCUUUUUACCGGGUUUGUUUGCCGGCUUGCUGUAAAAGAAGCGACACUCACCGUGACGAGGAUGAAGAUGAUGGUGAGGAGGACACGGGGGAAAACACCGUUCAGAAAGAAAAGCAGCCGUCAUGUCCGGGGCUGGGCCUCAUGUACAGCUUGUUAGCGUCUGUCUUCUUCUCCAUUGCGGCUCUUCUUGUGAAGAAAAUGGAGGGGAUGCACGCCAUCCAAAUCAGUGCCAUUCGCUGCUUCUUCCAGAUGCUGUUUGUCUUGCCAGCCAUGAUAUAUUACAAAACUGGCUUUUUGGGACCAAGAGGUAUGCGAAUCUACCUGUUCCUCCGUGGCUUUCUAGGCUCCAAUGCCAUGAUCUUGUUGUAUUACGCAGUUCUUCAAAUGCCUCUGGCUGAUGCCACAGUUAUAAUGUUCAGCAAUCCAGUCUUUACAGCCUUGCUGGCGUGGAUUUUCCUCAAAGAGCGAUGCACGAUAUGGGACGUGGUCUUCACUGUGUUUACACUCACCGGCGUCAUUCUGAUAGCCAGACCACCAUUCCUGUUCGGCGGCGAGUUGUCAGGGAUUGAAGGGGAUUAUAGCAGUCACAUCAAGGGCACAGUGGCCGCCUUUUCUGGAGCGGUCGGAGCAGCUUGCACUAUGGUCAUUCUGAGAAAAAUCGGGAAAAGGGUUCACUACUUCCUCUCCGUAUGGUACUAUGCAGUUCUGGGACUCAUCGAAUGUGUCGUUGUCCUGUUCAUCUUGGACGAGUGGACUAUUCCGUCCUGCGGCUGGGAUAGAUGGACGCUCAUGGCCAUCGGGGUGCUCGGCAUAGCCGGACAGGCCUUUCUUACCAAAGCACUGCAGAUCGAGAAGGCAGGACCAGUUGCACUUAUGAGGACGAUGGAUGUGGUGCUGGCCUUCGUCCUGCAGUUCCUCUUCCUCAACCGCAAGCCAACAUGGUGGAGUUUAGGAGGAGCGCUGUGUGUGAUCAGCAGCACCAGUGGAGUGGCCUUAAGGAAGUGGUAUAACAGCACAAGACAGAAGAGCUGAUCAUGCACACUAUAGGGAGGUGAAGAUCCAUUUUAUAUAUGUUUGCUACAGAUAACUGCUGCGUUAGAUACCAAAGAGGCUUUUCACUGUUAUCAUAUACAGCUAUGGAAAAAAAAAACAAUGAGGCUACUAGAGAUAUUCUCUAUUUCUCUGGGUGUGCUGUUGGAUUUAAUUAUUCUAAAUGUUGAUAAAAUGUUGAUCGUUGUUUUGUCCUGUAAUUUUCACAGCAGAUAGCGCUAGCUUUUCGUUUUUAACAGAUGGGGCUCCAGCCUAGGGGUUAACAGCAGAUGGCGCUCUAGGCUAAUGUUUAACAGCAAAUGGCACUAGCAAAUAGCACUCUUGCUUAUUUUUAAACAGCAGAUGGUACUUUAGGCUAGUUCUUAACAGCAGAUGGCGCAAGCAGAUGACGCUCUAGGCUAGUUUUUAACAGCAAAUGGCGCUCCAG